UCGACGAGAUGGCUCGGCUUGAUCUAACAUCAACACGUGGAUCCUCAAACCGACACGGCUUAUCCAUAAUCCAGUAGCCAGUGAAGUAAGCCAGUGUGUACAAUACAAUAGCUUCCCAAACGACACGCAGAUAUAUACUAGACGACUGUGACAGAAGAUACCUAACUGGCCGAGAUGGCGACGAUCAGUUCAGCAGCCCCGCGCUUCAAACUUGUGUUUCGCGUGCCCCCGGCAGCCCUAGCGUCCGUUAAAAGCGCAAUCUUCUCUACGGGCGCGGGCCGCUAUCCGGGACCGGGCAAUUACACCGAAUGCUGUUGGACAACCAUGGGUACCGGUCAGUUCCGGCCCGGAGACGCCGCAAAUCCCCACAUCGGGAAAGUGGGUGAGCUCGAGGAGGUGCCGGAAGCCAGAGUAGAAACGCUCUGCGUUGGCGAGGAUACCGUUAGAAAAGCUGUCGAGGCGCUGAAGAGGGCACAUCCUUAUGAAGAACCGGGGUAUGAAGUAUACAAGGUAGAGGAUAUCUAACCCCCUUAAAAGCAAGGAGUACAUUUCUAUAUUAAACUAAUGAAUAUCGGUAUUUACGAUUUGACAUGAGCUAUUAUAUCCUCAGGUUGAUUGCAGUUGCCCCCUUAUCCAUCCGACCAAGCGCACUAUCGCGGCUUUGUUUCCUUAGCGGAGUCA